AUGUCUCUUCGGCCAUAUAACAACAAGGACAAAAUAUGUCCUCCCCAUAAAGACAUUUUUAUUAGCCCUUUUAUAAAAUGCGCACUAGCAAGAGAUACUCCAAGCUUUGGAUAUCAUGUGCCUUCCUAUUCCCUCUCAAUAAACUACACUCUCGGAGGGCAUUAUAGGGUAUUAGAGAAUUUGAAUAAAUCAUUACAGUCCUCUCUUUGCCCACCCUCAAACAUACGGCAAUAUCCCACUCAGCGGGAUGACAGAACUGGUGAAGAAAAGGAUGAAGCCUUUUACCUCGCGGUCGAGGAAGGACAAAACCUUUUACCUCGUCAACCGAGGAAAAGAAGAAAUCGAUGCCGCGGUUUCCUUACUCAGUUGAACUUACUCACUGAGAAGAAGAAAAAGGACUCUGGCUUGGUAGAGGCAGGUUAA